AAAUACAUGUAUAUAAACGUACAUUUCGAUAUACAUACAUAUUCACUCUUGUAUUUAUAUGUGUAUAGAAGGAAAUAGGUAUAAACAAAAGGUAUAUUACAAGAUGAACAAUAUUGGUGGCAACGGCAGGCUGGGUGGGGACAUGAACCACACGUAUCCAAAUACUAACAACGAUGCCAAUGCUCAACAAAAUCCAUACAUACAACAACAGCAACAACAGCAGUACAUGAAUCAUGCACAACAUAACCAACAACAUGCUAUGCCACAGCAGACCAUGUCGAAUAUGCAUACCGGGCAACCACCCGUCAGGAGAGAGAAUACAGGCGACAAUGGGUAUAUUACCAGUACUAAUAGUAAUAAUAGCCUGAACCCGAAUAUGGCAAGUGUGAACGCUAAUAGUAUACCCAGAUCGCCACAUAUGGGGGCUAUGCCUACGUCUCCCAUGACGUAUGAUGCGAAUCAG